AUGGCCAAGAGAGUGCAGCAGACUCAGGCACCUCAGCCUCUUCAAAUACAGAUCAAAUGCAUCAGGGGUCUCAAGGACAAGGCUCCACAAGGCUCUUACCUCCUCAAAGUGUCCCUGCUUGGCCGACCGGGGGGCUGUGCCUUGCAGUGGUGUCCAACAGAGGAGCUGAAGACCAGAACACAUGCAGUUAGGCAUAAUGGAAACUUCUAUGAUGUGAGUCUGUAUUUCCACGAGAGCCUUCACGUGGUACUACCCCAAAGGAAAGAUGUGAAACCUGGCAUAGCUUUCUUAUUUGAACUCUUUCUCCUUCGUGGGAAACAUGCCUGCCUUGGCCAGGCUGUGGGCUGGGCAAUCUUUCCCCUGUGUGAUAACAACUUGGAUGUAGUGGAAGGAAAAUUCAAGUGUCCCCUUCUCCGAGGACAUUAUGACCGGAAAUCCAGAAGUUUUAGGAAAAUUGAAGAUUUGAUUUGCCUGGACUUGGACCACUGGCUGUGCAAUCUCUAUUUUCAGGUCGUUAAACUUCCUUUGCUUUUGGAUGAUCAAAAAAAUCAUGAAAGCAAUACUCAGCUUGGCACUGAAUUUCCAAUGCAUUUAUUGGUUAAAGGAGAUAAAGGAAAAUUAGGUGUACAUGAUACAUCUGGCCCCUGGGAGAAAAAAUCUGAGAAAAAUAUAUGUGCAUCUAUGGAUAAUGGAACUCAAUCUACCUUACACUCUUCUCAGGGGAGCUUUGCUAAUAAAAGUCCCCGCCCUACGGACAGUGACCUCAGUCUCUUGAAAGAAGACCGUGAAUUACGCUCUCAGGGAAAUAGCCUAACUGAUCAUUCUAUGAAGGAAAAAUCAACUGUUGGGAGACCCGGAGAACUUGCAGAUGAUUCACAGGAUACAUCUUACUUGGAGGAACUGGAAAAACAUCGAUUUUCAGUUUGCUGUUCUUCAGUGGCUGCAGGUCAGGGAUCUGGAGAAUUCUUCCAGCAUCUCCAUUUUGCACUGGUGUUGGUGUUUUCAGAACUUCAAUUAGCUCAGUGGCAGAGCCAGGGCUUCUGGUACAUCAUCCUGCUGAUGGCAUCUCUCUGGUUCCUGAGGCUCUACCUGCAUUACCUUGGCCAGUGGCUUUUCCUAUGGGCCAUUUCAACUCCAGUUACAAAAUUCCACUUUUACCCCUACACAGUUGAGCUUUGCUACCCAAGUUCUUUGCUUCGCAUGGAAGAGGAGCUGCCUGUGGUAGUGGUGGGGCCCUUGAUGCUGAACGCAAUCAUAUUCCUCUUGGUUCUGAUCAGAUGGGGCUGUCAGCUGCUGUUUGCCUCCUGCCCUGACGCCUUGUCAAAGUUGAUCAUCUACAUGGGACUAUGGACAGUUCUGGACCCACUGGCGGUGUUUAUAGUGGAUACUUUCCUGGGGAGGCUUACACCUGAUGGGGAGACGCCUAUAGCCGAUGCAGCCAAGCUCUACUGGGUGUUUGUAAGAAGCAGGCAGCCGGGGAUUCUUGGUGUGAUGAUCACGAUGCUACUUUACAUUCUCCUGUUCAUCAUUUCUGCCCUGAUUCUGUAUUUGUAUGGUCUCAGGUUGCACAGUGACUCUUGGAUAUUGGAUGCAUUUCAGCGUAUCCACAGUGAAGAAUCCAAGUUCUUCAUUCCCUAUGAUUUGGAGAUUUCCAAUCAGGAGCUAAGUUACAUAGUAAAAAGAUCCCAGCAAUGGAGAGGAAUCAAUGGUGAACGAAGGAAGGUGGCAGUGUAUGAUUACAUCUGGAAAAGCCAUGGCAUCAAGUCCAGUGUCUCCAGCUGUGACCUCCAACAUCAGAAUGAAAUCUCUGGGUCUGCACUUGGUCCAGAAGAGGUUACUUCUCAUGUGUCUAUAUACAGUGUUUAUCCCAGUGGGUUCCAAGAGCUGUACCGCCAUUUUCUCAGGCUCCCCGGUGGUGCCAUUGUUGAGGUGUUAGGUGAUAUCAGUGCCUUGAAGUUUGUCCACAGAGAAGUGAUCAUAGCUAUUCAGGAGCACAUAACUGAAAUGGACACCGUGCUGAGAGAAUCGUUCAAUACUAAAGAAGAGGAAUGGAAAGGAACCAUUAAUAUAAAAAGAGCGACAUUUGCAGUGCCUAUCGAGGCCCUUGGACCUUCCCUACAUCUGUGAGGAAGUCGGAGAGCAACUACCUUUUCAGCCACAUCCUUAAACAGAAGCCAUGUUUAUUAGAGGGCUCAAAAUUGAUACCAAUCAUUAGAAACAUGGGAACACAUCCAAUCCUGAUGGCUUUUCAAUCCGCAUCUUAAAUCAUGGUCUAUCUAUCGACGGUCUAACAUAAGAAGUUUGCAUCAAGGAUUACAUCUGUUUCUCUUUGUGUUGGCAGAAAUUAUCAUGUGUAUAUACCGUCUGUAUUUUUUAUCCCAUAUAGCUAUUUUGGAAAGCCAACCAACUUACGUUAAUAUGUCUGUCAACAGAUCUCAACUUCACAGAAAUGAAUAAACUUUAUAGACACAUUUUAAUAGUUGACAUCAUUGCUCCUGCUCACUAAAACAUCAAUAGAAGUACUUGCCGAUUUUAUAAGUCUUCACUUCUAUUUAUAGUACGCUCAGUAAUAUUUAAGCCCUAUGAGGGCAAGGGGAAUUUUCUGCUUUAUUUACUAUUACCUGCCCAGCUUCUAAUACAGUUCUCUGAACUAGUAAAUUCUCAGUACAUUUUAUUGGAUGAAAGAAUUAAACAGAUAUGUCAAAUUUCACUUAAUUUUAUAUCUAAUAAACUACAUGAGAGUGAAUUGAAUGAACAAAAAAGAGAUCAACAGUCAAUAAGUUGGUUUUUUUUUUU